CUGCUCAUAAAACGGCUCUCGGACAGAGCCUUCCUCCCCACGCGUGGGUCUGCGUUCGCAGCUGGGUACGAUCUCUACAGUGCAGAGAAGAAAGUUGUGCCAGCGAGGGGCAAGGCGCUUAUCGACACACAGAUUUCAAUCGCUGUUCCUUUGGGGUGUUAUGGACGUGUUGCACCACGUAGUGGGCUCGCGUCGAAGUUCAUGAUCGACACAGGGGCUGGUGUUAUCGACUCAGACUAUCGGGGCACGGUGUUCGUGCUGCUGUUCAACCUUUCCGAGACUGACUUCGAAGUGAAAGAAGGGGAUAGAAUCGCGCAACUGAUCAUUGAGAAGAUCGAGACGCCUGACGUCGUGGAAGUAGACGACUUGGAAGAGACGCUGCGUGGUGCGGGCGGAUUUGGAUCGACUGGU